AUGAACACCUCCAGCCCUCGGCCUCACCCUCCCCGUCACCGCAACCUUUGCCCUCCCGCUCUCCGCCUACUACCUCCUCCUCCAAACACGCGUUAUCCGCCAGCGUUUCGCGACCAAAACCGCCAUAGCCCACCAUCCACCUCCUCGCCCUCCGACCCGCUCCUCGCCGCCGUGCGCGCCCAGACGAACUUCGUCGAGAACGUGCCCCUCGCACUCAUUCUCGCUGGCAUCGUGGAGGUCAAUGGUGGAUCAAAGAGGUUGUUGACGUGGACGUUGGGAGGGCUACUCUUAAUUACAUUGGAGAUGUUGAUUAACAGGGGUGGAUGUUUAAACUAUCAAAAUCGAUUAAGGAACUGGUUCGAGUGCAAUACCUCUAGAAUUGAUGUAAGAGUGUUAGAGAUCUCGAUUCAAACUUAUUUUAGCAAGGGUCUUCGAGAUUCUACAUAUGGCUUCGACGCGUUUGUCUGCAAGACGUGUUGGCGAGGAAGGCGCGUCUGGGGUGUCGGUGUUGCUGUUGAGAAGGCAGCACGACGCCGGCUUCUUCUGCUGUUAUGCCUCUUCGUGCCUCGUGACGACAAGCCUCGAAAUCCUGGUGAUACGCUGAAACGCGACUUCACUGCCGGUAUCAGCGCCCUCCAGCACCAAUCCCUGUUCAGCGACAUCAAACGCCCAAUGUCCACGCCGCGGUCACGACCAGUCGUGAAUUCGACAUCCUCUCGAACAUUGCGAGGUCACAUCUCCAUUGACGCGACACCGACCCGCUUCGCUGGAAGAAUAGUCGCCAUCGAGUCUUACGAGGCGUGGAUGGAAAAGCAGAAACGCGAGGAGAUGAGAAGGAUAUGGGCGAAGAAGGUCGAUGGAGGUCUUGCGUAUGCGAUAGCGUGUAGGUUGUAA